GUUGUUGAACACGACGUGCAAUUCACGGCUCACACCUGCGAGAGCGACUGCGCAUUCGCCGUCAACACAGCGCCAGGGAUAGACGAGCAGCACGAGGCAGGAUUGCCACACAAUCGCUGAAUACCACUCCGUACAGACCACGAUUGGCACCACGCUCGCUCCUCCACCGACCGGCCGACCCUGAAAGCAUCCUCACACCCUAGCCCUCAGGCCACCACUGCGCUCAGCUCGAGCGCAUACCGCACCACUCCUCGUCCUUCUGCCUGCCGGUCUCUGCUCCAAGGAUAAGUGCGCGCCAGGCACGCGGUCGCUGAUGGUCGAUCAAUAACAGGCACACCUUCCUGGCCGGCCAGUAGAGCCUGCGCCCGACAAUGGCUGGCAGGCCCGCCCACCAUGGCAACCGGGGCCAAAGCCAGGACGACGACGACCUGCUGGGCCUGGGCGACCCCAAUGAUGGGCCAUACUAUAGCAGCGGACAGCGCCCUCCCGUGACCGACGAGCGCAUCCUCCACGACUACGACACUCACGGCCGCAUCAGCACGUCGCACGAUGACUUCGUGGGCACUCGAGGGAUGCAAUCUGCCUCCACGCUGCCUGGUGGACCAGGGUACAACCCCUCAGGCCUGGGCUCGCCGCCCACGUUAGGCCACCAGGGACGCAACCUAUCGCAGACCUCAGGACUGAACAACUAUCAGAGAUAUUCUGAUGCAGACGACCGCUUCUCCGACACAGCUUCGGUCCCAGGAGGAUACUAUGCAGCCGGAGGUGGUAUAGACGAAGAUGCGAUCCCCAUACAACAUGGACAGGGGAAACAUCGAAAUCGCAACAGCAUCAUGAGCUUGGGGGGAGGCAUAAUGGGUAGGGUUAAGAACACUUUGGGAAUGGGGCCCGACUACAGUGAGAUGGACCUGCCAUUGACAGAACAAAGAGCGCGAGGAGAUACCACGAGUACUGCUGGGCCACCUGGAGAGCGGACGACACCAGGAUCCAAGUUCAAAUUUGGCUUGCCUGGAUUCACGAAGAAGGUCGAUCCCUCGACUCUUGGACCGCGAAUCAUACAUCUCAACAAUCCGCCUGCAAAUGCGGCAAACAAAUGGGCUGACAAUCACGUUUCGACGACGAAAUACAACGCCGUGACCUUCCUUCCCAAGUUCUUGUUUGAGCAAUUCAGCAAGUAUGCGAACUUGUUCUUCUUGUUCACAGCCAUUUUACAGCAGAUCCCCAACAUCAGUCCUACGAAUCGCUACACCACAAUCGUUCCCCUCGGCAUAGUCUUAUUAGUCUCCGCUAUUAAAGAAGCGGUCGAAGACAACAGACGACGAUCACAGGAUAGAGAAUUGAACAAAAGCCCCGCACGUGUAUUGCGGGGCACGAGUUUCCAAGACGUUCGAUGGAUAGACGUCAAAGUUGGCGACAUCAUUCGAGUGGAGUCGGAAGAACCAUUUCCUGCAGACAUCGUACUCCUUGCGUCCUCGGAGCCCGAGGCUCUUUGCUACAUUGAAACUGCAAACUUGGAUGGCGAAACCAAUCUCAAGAUCAAACAAGGAAUCCCGGAGACUGCUGGUCUGGUCUCCGCCUCAGAGCUUGCCAGGUUGGGCGGCCGUGUGCGCAGUGAGCAGCCGAACAGCAGUCUAUACACAUAUGAAGCAACUUUGACGGUACAAUCUGGAGGAGGCGAGAAAGAGUUGCCCCUUCAGCCUGAUCAGCUGUUGCUUCGCGGCGCCACUCUCAGGAACACCCCAUGGAUCCAAGGUGUCGUCGUCUUCACUGGGCACGAAACGAAGUUGAUGCGAAACGCAACAGCAACACCCAUUAAGCGAACGAAUGUCGAGCAUCGCGUCAAUUCGCAGAUUCUCAUGCUUGGCGGCGUGCUGAUCAUACUGUCCGUCAUCUCCUCGGUCGGUGACAUCGUGAUCCGACAAACGAUUGGCAAGAACCUGUGGUUCCUGUCAUAUGGCGACACCAACCCUGCGCAACAAUUUUUCAGCGACAUCUUCACAUACUGGAUUUUAUACUCCAACUUGGUGCCUAUCUCGCUUUUUGUGACUGUCGAAAUCAUCAAAUACUACCAGGCUUUCUUGAUCAGCAGUGAUCUUGACAUCUAUUACCCCGUGAAUGACACACCAGCAAACUGCAGGACGAGUUCUUUGGUAGAAGAGCUUGGGCAGGUUGAGUAUAUCUUCUCGGACAAGACUGGCACUUUGACUUGCAAUAUGAUGGAAUUCCGACAGGCCAGUAUUGGAGGCUUUCAAUACGCUGGAGACGUUCCUGAAGACCGAAGAGUCGUCGAAGGCGAAGAGGGCGGCAAUGGGAUUUAUGACUUCAAGGCCCUGGAGCAGCACCGAAGAGGCGGUGAGCUGACCGAGAACAUUCACCAAUUUCUCAGCUUACUUGCUACCUGCCAUACUGUGAUUCCAGAAGUGAAGGGAGACAAGCCUGGCCAGAUCAAGUACCAGGCCGCUUCACCCGACGAGGGCGCUCUGGUCGAGGGCGCGGUUGAGCUUGGCUACAAAUUUGUAGCUCGAAAACCGAAAGUCGUGACGAUCGAAGUUGGUGGCGAGCAAUACGACUACGAACUACUCGCUGUCUGUGAGUUCAACUCGACGAGGAAACGAAUGAGCUGUAUCUAUCGAUGUCCAGAUGGCAAGAUUCGAUGUUACACCAAAGGAGCCGAUACCGUAAUUCUUGAGCGCCUUGGCCAGCGGGAUGAAAUGGUCGAGCGAACCCUCCUCCACCUGGAAGAGUAUGCCGCCGAGGGCCUGCGAACGCUGUGUCUGGCAAUGCGUGAGAUCCCAGAAUCGGAGUUUCGCGAGUGGUGGGAUGUGUUCAACACCGCUCAGACUACCGUCAGCGGCAAUCGAGCCGAGGAGCUUGACAAGGCUGCAGAGAUCAUUGAGCACGAUUUUACCUUACUUGGCGCGACCGCCAUCGAGGACAAGCUGCAGGAUGGCGUUCCAGACACCAUCCACACGCUGCAAACUGCCGGCAUCAAGGUGUGGGUUCUGACUGGCGACAGACAAGAGACGGCCAUCAAUAUCGGCAUGUCUUGCAAGCUCAUCAGUGAAGAUAUGACCCUACUGAUCAUCAACGAGGAGAACGCGGCUGAUACCAGAAAUAACAUACAGAAGAAGCUGGACGCCAUCAAUUCGCAACGUGCUGGAGGCGUUGAGCUGGAAACGCUUGCCUUGGUCAUCGAUGGCAAGUCGUUGACGUACGCGCUUGAGAAAGAUCUCGAGAAGAUGUUCCUCGAUCUUGCCGUCAUGUGCAAAGCCGUGAUCUGCUGCCGUGUGUCACCACUGCAAAAAGCACUGGUUGUGAAGCUCGUCAAGCGUCACCUCAAGGCAAUCCUUCUCGCCAUUGGAGAUGGUGCGAACGAUGUCUCCAUGAUUCAAGCCGCGCACAUCGGUAUCGGUAUCUCCGGCAUGGAAGGUUUGCAGGCUGCGCGAUCAGCAGACGUCUCGAUCGCCCAGUUCCGUUUCCUUCGAAAGCUGCUUCUCGUACAUGGCGCAUGGUCGUAUCAACGCAUCAGCAAAGUCAUCUUGUACUUCUACUACAAGAACACAGCACUGUUCAUCACGCAAUUCUGGUACUCGUUCCAGAACGCCUUCUCAGGUCAAGUCAUCUACGAGUCCUGGACGCUGUCCUUCUUCAACGUCAUCUUCACUGCUUUACCUCCCUUCGUUCUCGGCAUUUUCGAUCAGUUCGUCAAUGCUCGACUGCUUGAUCGGUAUCCUCAGCUUUACCAGCUCACGCAGAAGGGAGUCUUCUUCCGAACACACAACUUCUGGUCUUGGGUCGGGAAUGGGUUUUACCACUCGCUGAUUCUCUACUUCGUCAGUCAAGCAAUCUACUGGCGCGACGGAGUGCUCUCGGACGGCAAGAUCGCAGGUCAUUGGGUAUGGGGAACUUCACUUUACACGGCUGGCUUGGUCACAGUCCUCGGCAAAGCCGCACUGAUCACGAACAUCUGGACCAAGUAUACCGUCAUCGCGAUUCCCGGGUCCCUGGCCAUUUGGUUCAUCUUCCUCCCAGUCUACGCCACCGUCGCUCCAAUGCUUGGCUUCUCGACAGAGUACAAGAACGUGUUGCCCGUCCUCUUGACAGAUCCUGACUUCUGGUUAAUGUCAUUGGUCAUCCUUCCAGCCCUCUGCUUGCUUCGAGACUUUGCUUGGAAGUAUGCUAAGAGGAUGUACUAUCCCCAGGCAUAUCAUCAUGUGCAAGAAAUUCAGAAAUACAAUAUACAAGAUUACCGGCCCAGGAUGGAACAAUUCCAGAAAGCUAUUCGAAAAGUUCGCCAGGUUCAACGCAUGCGCAAACAACGUGGGUAUGCCUUCUCGCAAACCGACGAGUCGCAAGCGAGAGUACUGCAAGCGUAUGAUACCACGAGAGAACGUGGAAGAUAUGGUGAGAUGACCAGCGGGAGAAAGUAAGCUGUGUCUUCUCUAUUCGAUGCAUGCAGUGCUCAAGCAUGAGACGCUGUUGGACGCAUGGCGCAGGCGUUUGUGGCGAUGUGUUGUAUUCCACGGGAAUGUUAUCACUAGGCCACGGCUCAAGUGAGCACGCUUUAGUUCCGCAGAAGUCCAAAAUUGCAAAGGACGGAAAAGGGCUGCAUUUAUUACUACCAUCGCCACUUCGAGGUGCAUGUUUCAUGUAUGUGUAUACUGCGGCUGUAGGAAGGGGAACGUCAUGGGAGGAAAGAUCAUGAAUGAUACCAUUACUAUCUC